AUGAACGAACUGAAAGUACGCAAUUUGUGUAUAAUACUCGCCUACAUACUAAGUCAACUGAUCAUAAACAACAAAUUUUCAUUGGCGCAAAAUACCGAAAUGAAGUUAAUCAAAACUACUGUUGAACCAGUCUCCACUUGGCCUCCCGAUUGCUUUAAGGAUGAGAAGACUAAUUGUGAGUGCUCUGGCAAACAUUUUCAUUGCAAUAUUGUCGACGGACUCAAUUAUAUUUACAUCACUUUUGGUUCAGACUUGCGGCGUCUGAUUGUAACUUGCCCCAUAAACACAAAAACGAAUAUAAAUUAUCUACUUCAGCACAAAUUUCAGUCAAUUUUACUUAAAACACGUUAUUUCCAAGUGAUAAAUUGCAAGAAUUUUUUACACGAUAACUACAUGAAUGACAAAGUGCAGAGAAUUCAAAUAAAAAUGCGUAAGCCGAAUAAAAUAACACUAGUCUAUAACACUGACCUUGCUGCAGAACCAACGUUAUAUAUUGGUGAUGUGCUUCACCUACAACUGAUUUUUAAAUCAAAUCGUAAUGAAAUCCGGGAAACAGAUAUUAUGAACAACAUAAUUUUUAUGCUGAACAAACUGGAAACACUUACGCUUAACGUACAAGGUCUAACAAACCAGUACUUAUCGCUGCAAAACUUGACGCAAACAUUCUUUGAAAAAUUCACUGCGCUCAGACAGCUUGACUUAGCCGGAAAUAAUAUGGAAAUGUUGGGCGCCAACAUCUUUGCAGAGCUAACAAAAUUGAAUUGUCUGAAUUUGAGCCGUAAUGAAGUCCGGGAAUUGCCCGAAGGUCUGUUUGAAUAUCAGCCUCAACUUCUCAUACUGGAUCUGAGUGACAAUUUAUUGACAUAUUUAACGCCACACAUUUUCGAUCACACUCCUUGGCUAUGGCAGUUGAAACUUGGUGGCAAUCAACUGCACGACACCACAAAUCUUAUGGAAAAUCUGAAACCGCUGCAUUAUCUACAUAGGCUAGACGUAAGUCAGAAUCAACUGCAAACUAUUUGGAGCACCGAGACUUCUGUCAAUAGAACACCUAGGUUACUGGCAAAAUUUCAAUACACCCAUAAGAGCAUGAGUUUGGCUUUAGCCAGCGCACUUAAAUAUAUUACCAAGUUGCACCCAGAAAAUUACGAAGGUGGCAAGACUAACUUAAUAAACACAAUCUGA